AUGGCGUUAAACCGUAACAAAUUAACUUUCUGGCUCAGGAUGAGUCAGCAAGAACUGCAUCGACUGGAAAACUUCUACCAGCUGACUCAGAGGAAGACGUUUGAGCUGAGAGUAGACAUGGAGGAUUUUGAGGGAGGGAUGGUUCAUGCCCAGUAUUCCUCUUUCUCCAUAGACUCUGAGACAGAGGGCUACAGACUGCAUGUUAGUGGAUACACUGAUGGAGGUGCAGGUGACUCUCUGAUAAUUCACAAUGGACAGAAGUUUGACAGAGACCAGGACACACACAGCACACUGAACUGUGCCAGAAGUUUUCUUGCAGCAUUCUGGUACUCUGAUUGUCAUAACGCCAAUCUAAAUGGCGUCUAUCUGUGGGGGAGUGAUGGCACUCAUUAUGCAAUUGGUGUUGAAUGGUCUUCCUGGAAAGGUUACAGCUACUCUCUGAAAAAAUAA